AUGGAAUUGGAAUUUAUCAUUUCUUCGAAAUAUUGGAUUAUCAAACCUUGUUUUUCUAAAACUGUUUACGAUGAGAACUUAAUGAGUGCUUGGAACAAUACGAUGAAAGAUAUUUUAAAAUUAAAUCAUACUCAUCAUCCAAUACUUAUUAUAGCUCCUAAUCCAUUAAUUACUCUUGAAGAUGUUUUGUCAAAUGCUGAAAUUAUCAAGUAUGAUAACAAUGUCAAAUAUUCGAUUAGCAUUUUACAUCCCGAAAAUGAACAUGAUAAAGAAUUACUUAAAAUUGCUGUGGAUAGUGUUGAAUUUGAAUGUGCAGCUUUAUGGUUUGCGGUAUAUGAUCAAUCGACGCCUAUUUCUAUGAACUUUAAAUUGAACAUACUCAAAGUUAUUAAUGAAAGCAAUCAUUUCAUUUCAUUAUCUGGUAUUAAUGUUCAAUUAUUAGCAUGUGUUGCCGAUGGUACAGAAUUAUUAUGGUUGAAUCCAGGAUCAAAAAUUUCAAUUGAUGAAAUUUUAAAUUUGUUAAAAUCAUAUGAAUGGAAAGUUUCUAUUAAACACAAUAAUAAACAAAUUUUCAUAUGA